ACAGAAUGAGAGGAAAUCUGGACAAAAUAGCAGUGAGUGCGUGUGAAUGGUUGAUCUGAAAAUGUGUUAAGCUCAUCAGUCCAUAUUCAAUUUGUGAAGCAACACACCCCGUAAUAAAGCUGUUUAACAGCAGCGAUAAUGCGGCGUCUGGGUUCAGUGCAGCAGAAGAUCCCAUGUGUUUUCCUGACGGAAGUGAGAAACGAACCAUCCAGAAAACGCGACUGUCAGCAGUUUCAGGUGGUGGCCACUGAGAAUGUGAACCCUUCUGCUCUUCAAUCAGAUAUUCACUGUGCAGUAGCAACCGAGAAGAUUGAUGGGACGUGCUGCUAUGCCACCACAUACAAAGGUAUAAAUGCGUCACAACGGGAACCGUAUCUCUGGGCUCGCUUGGAUCGGAAACCCACCAAGCAGGCGGACAAGAGAUUCAAAAAGUAUCAGUAUUCGCAGAAGACCUGUAAAGGAUUUGUGUGGAACGUAGACAAAGAUUUCUGUGAAGCACCAGAAUCCUGGAUCGCUGCUCACAGAGUCCAGCAUGAGAACGGCCAUCCAGUGCCGGACGAACAUGGACACAUACUGGGUUGGGUUCCGGUGGAUCAUACCAACAAGCAGUACUGCUGGCACUUCUGUGUGGUCAACUAUGAUGCUGGUGUCGCUCUUGUCCUGAAGACACACGGAGAGGAUGAGGGAUUGCUUGAAAUGGUCAGCGUUCCUCUGGCAGACCUCAUGGAGCAAACCCUUGAGCUUAUUGGAACCAACGUUAAUGGAAAUCCAUAUGGUUUGGGAAGUAAGAAGCAUCCAGUCCAUGUCCUGGUGCCCCAUGGGGUCCUGCGCAUCCGGAAGCCUCCUCCAGUGGAAUUCCAGCAGCUGUAUUCCUGGUUUCAGGAAUGCCAGGAGGGGCGAAUGGAGGGAAUCGUGUGGCACUGUGAUGAUGGGACACUGGUCAAGAUACACCGCCAUAAUCUCGGCUUGAAAUGGCCAGUCGGUGACACCUUCCUGAACACCAGACCUGUGGUCGUCCACGUCGAUGAAACGCCUGAUCCAGAUGCUUCUGAGAAGGACUUGUUCAAAUCGUUUUCCAGCAUAAAUGGAAGACUCUUCAGAUGCAUACGAGACAUUCAGUUUGAACCCUGAUCCCAUAAAAUGAAACUACCAAACAUUCCUGUGAAAUCUGGUUUUAACCAGAGUGAAGAAUCUUUGCCAACAUGUAAUACUGGUCAAAACGGCCUAUUGCAAAUUCCCAAACUUUGCUCAUAUAUGCACUUUGAUAUGUGAUGUGUGAGAAUGCUGUGAUUUGCUUUAUAUUUGGUACUUUUUCUUUUCUUUCAGAGAGUGGAAGAGUUUUUAAAAUUUUUUAUUUAUUUAAUUCUUUUUUUUUUCUGCUUAAAUACGUUUCAGAGGAUGGUUCAGCAAUAUGUUUAUAAAUAAAUGGAACAAAUUGACACAGAUCGUCAUUUACAUGUAGGGAGUCAGUGAUUGAUAGAUAAUGUAAAAAGGUCAAAU